CACUCCGCCUACAGCCCGAGUGCACACACAGCCUUUGAGUUUCAAACUUCCGAGUCCUAGAGCUAGGAUUUUUUUAUCAAAAACCUGUCAAGGUAUUCGCCUGAAUGAUCCUUAAAACGUUCACGUUUGGAGGUUUCCAGUAACUCUUUGAAAGUUUGUCAGUGUAUUUGAGGCCUGGACAAACUGACAAUCCAAUGUAUCCGACAUGGCAACAGUUCCUCGCGCUUAUGGGUUUAUUCGCAGUGCCAGGUGUGCUGCGAGUCGUUGGGAUGGAGAUUUUCACAUCCAAUGAGGUGGAGGCGUUGAACGGGACAGAAGUGAGAUUGAAGUGCACCUUUAAGUCCAAACACCCAGUGUCCCACUCCUCUGUGGCUGUCUCCUGGAACUUCCGUCCCCUGAGCCAGGGAGCUGAGGAGUCGGUGUUUUACUACCAGGAGACGGCGUACCCCCCUACAGAGGGGCGGUUUAAGGGCCAUGCAGUGUGGUCAGGGGACAUCCUGAGACAGGACGCCUCCAUCAGCCUGCAUGAAGUUCCCUUCACCUUCAACGGCACAUACACCUGCCAGGUCCGCAACCUGCCCGACGUCCACGGCAUCAAUGGAGAGGUCAUCCUCAGGGUUGUCCACAAAGUCUCCAUCUCUGAUAUAGGCAUCCUGGCUGCAGCCAUCGGGGGAACCAUCGCAAUAGUCCUGGUGCUUCUGGGUCUCUUCAUGGUGUUCAAGUACUACAACCGCCAUGCCAACACAGACAUGGAGCUGCAGGGGAGGAAACUGCAGGAAACCAGAGAGCUGCAGGAGAGAGAGCUACAGGUCAGGGUCCUACAGGAGAGAGAGUUGCAGGCCAACAUCCUACAGGAGAAAAAGCUGAAGGCCAGUGAGAAGGAGCGUAAGGACCCUACAGUGUGGUGAUGGGUCAGGGGCGUGUCUCCCUCCCUACCUCUGCUGACUGGUGUGGGGAGGUGUUCUGUCUGGACGGACUGGUCUCUGACUGGAGGGGCUGGCCAGUCCAGGACCACUAUUUGGGAGGGACUAAUGCAUUUUUUUGGUCGGUGUCCUUCUUUCUUUUACCCUCUACUCAUCCCUCCCUCAAUAUGAGUAUUAUGGAUCUCUGUACAUUCCACUCAUUAUAAUGUCAUGUACUGUUUUAUGCACUUAAUGUUUUUUACAGACAACUAUGUGAUUGGGUUAACUGUGCCUGUGCCAUCCCAGGAUAUACAGUAUUUUCUUUCAAAUGUAAAACCCCCCCAAAAACAUCACUCAUCAGAAUGCUAACAAAAUGCAAAAAAGUACUAAGGAAUCCCCAUAGCGGAUGCUAGGUAAAUGCUAACGAACGCUUGCAAACAUUUUACUAUUAACAACCCAGCUCCUAAAGUUAUGCAAGUAUCUCGAAACGCAGCAUGCACAAAAUAAAUAUUAGACAGCAGGGAUCUUAUUUUUCCGGACGGGAUCGUGUCUGCUGCUGUUACCAAGAAGCUUGAUCUUGCAAGCUAAGGUUAGCCACUUAGCUGGCAUUAGUAAAGUAGCAGAACCCAGCUGGAGAUAAUUUAUUUGGUACAUCUUAGAUAGUUAACUUAAUAGUUAUAAGAUGCAUAGCUGGCAAACAGCUGUAACUUGAUCACCUCACUUAAGUUGUGCUGUAGGGGUGACUCACCUCAUGAAUCUCCCAUUUUGCUCAUUGUCUAUCUUUGUAAACAAACACACUUGACUUGCUCAAACAGCUGUUUUGGGAACUAGUACUGGUAAGCUUCAUGAUGGUUAACACGGUCUGCUUUAUCUAUUACCUAGUGCACAAGUUGACUGCAGGUAUUUAUUUAAAAAGUACUAAUAUUCAAAUUUAUAAAAACAAAAAACAUUAUUGACAGUAUUGGAAAAUCAUACUGAUGUUGUUUCGAAAUACCCCGGGAUACGGUAUAUACGGCGUACCGCCAAAUCCUACUAUGUGAUUGUAUUUUGACUAUGUAGUAUGAUGACUACUCUUAUUAGAAAUGGCUGAAAUGACACCAGCAGCAGUCUCUUGGUGUGGUGGCAUCUGUUUCAUUACAUUUGGUUUGGUAGCCAUUUGUUCUAAAUUCAUUUACAGAAUUAUUUUAACACUUGAAUAAUUAACAUUUUAACUGAGCUAAUGGCCCAUACAUUUACAUUAUUCCCAAAUGAAUGUAUGUGUAUCUGGCA